GGGUGGGUGGGUGUUAAACGUAAACAUCGGUCUGGUUUUAAAAGAUUCUGAGGGAAAACUGAGGAAAAUUGGGUCCACGAAGUAGCCGAGAUCUGCAUGGUACAGUCUGGCUUCUCUGGUCCCAAGGCUCUCUAAGGCUCUCUUAGAAAAAGCUCCUAAAAAGCCUGAUCUGCUCUUCGUAAAAUGAAAGGCUUAAUGUGGUUUAAUAGUUAAAGAUCAGCCUAAUAAAACAGGGUAAUUUCUUUUCCUUCAUUGGUGGAGUCCUGCAGAGGUGGCAGCCAAACCCUGCAUCCUGCCACUUUCACGAGUAAUUCCAUGGAAGCAGGAGAGAAUGAGGUGGCAAACGGUGUUUGAAUUUCAUUUGCCUUUUUAGUUCAUGCUAUUAAAUAUUAAAUAAUGCAUCUACAGACAAAAUCGAUACUGUAUGUAGUCAGUGAUGGAGUUUGAACUGUUCCCCCUCAGGAAAGGUUUUUUAAAUUAUAAGAAUGUAGUGUUUAAUAGAUAUCAAAAAAUCAGCGGUGUAGUACACAUAAUCAGAAAAGCAAUAAGGAUCAACAGAAGAAAACCUUUCUCAAAAUACUGUAUAAUACAUGCUGCACCCAGACCUGCAAUACUGUGUGAUUUGGGCUUGCUCUAUCAGAAAAAGAUACAGUGGAAUUAGAAAAGAGAGAAAAACAGGCGGUCAGGGAUGCUUACGGUGAAGGCUAUGGUUCAGUCGGAGAAUAGAUAGCCUUUGGGGGAAGGGAUAGGGAAUGUUAAAGGUCUGUUAAAUGACGAGUGAUAUGGAAGUAAAUAGGGGAUGACAGCAAUAGAGAGUUAUAUUUUUCUUAGUUCUGAGACCCAAGUACAAUUUUUAGAUCCAAGUUUAAGUCAAGUAAAAGGAAGCACAGUGCUGGUUUAAACUGGGGGAUUCCUUCCUGCAUAUUCUGCUGAAAGUUGUUUACAGGGAUUCAAAAAACUGACAGAAAUAUUCACAUAAGGAAUUUGUUUUAAGGGCUUUUAAUACCAAGGUGUGACCCGGGAGCUGGAGCUUACUGUGUGCUUGCCAGGUUCGUAGACCUUGCUGCUGGAGAAGGGAUAUUGGACCGAACCGGUUAUCUCGUCUAGUGUGACCGUUCGCACGUUUUCUGUUUUACAAUACUAAAACUCAGCAUUGUAUUUGUUACUGAUUCCAGGUUGCAUUAGUAGUUUACGGUAGUUUCUUGUUACUGAGGCCAGCUUAGAUUUGGUUGCUGUUCCCUGCUCACACUGGGUGUUUUGGAAGGGACACAUCACUGGUGGAAAGUGGUGACAGUUUUUCAUUGAUGUUUUCUUAGGUGUUAAGAUACACAAAAAGUUAAAAAGUUGAAGUUUCGAUAUCUUCAGUCCCUUCUCUGCACAGUCAUAGGUUGGUAAGCUACUCUGAAUGAGGCAAAGUUUUAAGUAGCUUGCUUGCUCUGAGCUCUGUUUGGACUGAAGAGAGUAGCUGGAAACCCUAUUUUGUUUUUCUUUAAUGUCUGAUACUUUUUUGUUCCGCUUUGGUUUAGUGAAAAAGUAGAAACUCAAAAGAAUCCCUUUAAAAUGCAUGUUUUCAUCUUUUAAAAGCAUAAUUGGUACUGUUGGUGUUGUUUUUAAAAUUGGAAGCUAAGUCUUUCCUGUCUUGUUUCAGCUCUGGAUGAAGGAGAUAUUGCCUUGCUGAAAACAUAUGACUCCUUUAUGAAGCUCUGAAAUACGGCUUGUGCCCUCUGCAGCUUUUUUGUUGCCAAGUUGCUACGAAGGAGAUGUUGUAAAGGAAAUCCAGAUCCAGAUCUGCCCGUAUUGGGCAGGGCAAGAUAGUAAAGCAUUCUAUCACAAGCAACAAUCUAGCUUCUGAUUUGCCCCAUGAUCUUUCUGCUUCUUCCGUGAAUGGGCCAGAGCACGUACUCAAGGCAGAUCAAACAAGUCGAAGAUGAUAUUCAACAACUGCUUAAGAAAAUCAAUGAGCUCACCGGAAUCAAGGAAUCCGACACCGGCCUGGCUCCUCCCGCCCUUUGGGAUCUGGCUGCAGAUAAGCAAACUCUCCAAAGCGAGCAACCAUUGCAGGUUGCAAGGUGUACAAAGAUAAUCAAUGCAGACUCCGAGGAUCCCAAGUACAUUAUCAAUGUCAAGCAGUUUGCCAAAUUCGUGGUGGAUCUCAGUGACCAGGUGGCGCCUACUGACAUAGAAGAAGGCAUGAGAGUUGGGGUGGACAGAAAUAAGUAUCAAAUCCAUAUCCCCUUGCCUCCAAAGAUUGAUCCCACAGUCACCAUGAUGCAAGUAGAAGAAAAACCAGACGUCACUUACAGUGAUGUUGGUGGUUGUAAAGAGCAGAUUGAAAAGCUGAGAGAGGUGGUUGAAACCCCUCUGCUUCAUCCCGAAAGAUUUGUUAACCUUGGAAUUGAGCCUCCCAAAGGAGUACUCUUGUUUGGGCCACCUGGGACAGGCAAAACACUUUGUGCCCGUGCUGUUGCUAACAGGACUGAUGCUUGCUUCAUCAGAGUAAUUGGAUCUGAACUGGUGCAGAAGUAUGUGGGAGAGGGAGCUCGAAUGGUUCGUGAACUCUUUGAAAUGGCCAGAACUAAGAAAGCUUGUCUUAUAUUCUUUGAUGAAAUUGAUGCCAUCGGAGGUGCUCGCUUUGACGACAGGGCUGGGGGCGACAAUGAAGUGCAACGUACGAUGCUGGAGCUGAUCAACCAGUUGGAUGGUUUUGACCCACGAGGCAACAUCAAAGUGCUGAUGGCUACCAACAGGCCUGACACGCUGGAUCCAGCCCUGAUGAGGCCCGGCAGGUUGGAUAGGAAGAUAGAGUUCAGCUUGCCUGAUCUAGAGGGGCGAACUCACAUAUUCAAGAUACACGCUCGUUCGAUGAGUGUUGAGAGAGACAUAAGAUUUGAGCUGUUGGCUCGGCUGUGUCCUAAUAGCACAGGCGCCGAGAUUCGCAGCGUCUGCACGGAGGCAGGCAUGUUUGCUAUCCGAGCACGUCGAAAAAUCGCGACAGAGAAAGACUUCCUGGAAGCAGUGAACAAAGUCAUUAAAUCCUAUGCGAAAUUCAGUGCUACCCCCCGCUACAUGACCUACAACUAGCAUCUUGCAAAGUUUUCCUGUUCCUGUUGUUAAACUUCCUAUGAAACAACAAUCCAAGCGUAGUAAUUCCUGUCUUGUUCUUGGAAGCUAGAAAUAAAUGAAUAAAA